UUUUUUACGAACCUUACAGUCCUUACCGCUCUUAGCAGAGGAGUAAUCCUCCGAUAACAAACCCUAUAUUCUCCUACAUAGCUAUACACAACUAUCCACGUAAAAGAAAAAAACCCCAACAAUAGAGAAAGAACGACAAUUGACAGAGUGAGACAGGAAGAGCAAGAAACAGGCGCAGAAAUGCAUCAUAAUCAACAACAAAAUCAACCACAAUCACCUAUCUCGCAACCACCGGUGCCCAUAUCGAUCACGAUAUGCGGUGACGGAGGUUGCGGUAAGUCGUCCAUAACGCUUCGACUAGUUCGAUCCCAAUGGACGUCCGAGUACGACCCGACCAUCGAAGAUAGCUACAGCAUCACCCGACGUAUUGAUGGCACUACCUACCACCUAUCGCUGACCGACACGGCGGGACAAGAGGAAUAUCGGGGUAUGUGGGCGUCGUCCAAUUUAAGUGCCGACGCCUUUCUUCUUGUUUACGACAUCACAUCGCUCGACAGUCUCGAUGCCUUAAACUAUUUCAACGACCUCAUAGACAUGGAGGCAGAAACGCGCCUUGAUAACGCAGCACGGGCACGGCGGGCCGGCCUGGGAGCGGGCGGAAGCGCGAGAAGAGGUAGUAUAGGGCUGGGAGGAGCCGGUAGUGGUGCGAGGACGAUACCACCGGUUAAGAUUGUAGCCGGUAACAAAUGUGAUUUGCAAGAGUCGCGGCAGGUGCCAGCAGCUCAGGGACUCGAAUGGGCGCGGAAACGUGGUUGCGGUUUCAUGGAGACGAGUGCUCGGCUCGAGGUCAACAUCGAAGAGACAUUCGCCCUUAUCGUCCGCCGAGUCGUUGAAAGCCGUCGCCUUGCCGAAAUGGGUGUCCUUGAUAAUACCGAGAUGGACCGCCGUGGCGUCACAAAGCCUCUGACACCGCUCGGCGACAGCGAUGAUCGCGACAUGGAUAAUGAAAAAACUGGGCGCUCAGGUUUGACGAGGGGCCCACGACUCGGCGACGGCCAGAGAGUGGGCUUUGGAAGUAGGAGGGAUCGAUUCUGGAGAAGCUUACGGUGUUGGUAGGGCGAGUUCUGCCCUCUUAUUGCUUAGACCAGUUGGUCGAUUCCCGCAUACGGCAAGUGGAGUUAAAAGGGGGCAUACGGCUAAGGUGCUGUUUUUUGAGCUUUCAACACAAAGUACCAAGCGAGCGAGCGAGCGAAAAAAGCAUUGUUAAUCCGGGUUGAAGGAAGUUAGUACUGUAGAAGUACGGUUGGGAUACCUAACGAGUUCAUGAAACUGUUUUGUUUCGGCGCGGAUGAAUUACUAACACCGAGCUCUUGUUAUUCAAGUCGGGUUGCUAUUUUGACAUUUGGCUUAGACAGUGUAGGUAUUGGCUGGGGAAAGAAAGAGCCAAACGGAGUUUUUCCCUCCGAGACAACAUUUGUAUCGCGGGGCUACAUAGGCGUUCACAUGGUGGCAAGCGAGAGGUGUGAUUGUACAUGGGCGUCUUCAUUUUCUUUUAUCUCUAGUUUUCAUCUCGGAAGUCUCGCGAUUGUUGGGUUCCUCCCUCUUGGGCUUGGGCUCGGGCUGCAUAUUCGGUGGAUGGGACGGAUUGCAAAAAGAAACAUAGGCACUUCGUGUGGCAUAAUAAUAUUGACUUGCUGUUCUAUAUAUCCCACGUAUCUGCUUCUCAAUG